AUGUUCUUGCGUUCGCCUGGCUGUCGCGUGGCUCAAGUCAAACACAGAGCCCUCGCCAUGAAUCCCUUAGCCAAGGGCCAGCUCGCGGGAGGGACAUCUGUCCGCGUGGUCACUUUGACAUCUGCUCUCCCUGACUCAGAGUUAGAAAAAAUGGACAACAUAUGUUUAGGUUACAGUUUUCAAACGCUUCCGCUAUAUGGCUUAGGCUAAUCAAAGUGGUACGUAAAAAAAAAAAACGUCGUCUAUUGAUUAAUAAUAAGCCAUGAUCAGUAUCCGACAGGAUGUUCAAGUCAUUUGUCCUUGUUGAUAUUAGCCAACCCAAAGAGCAUCGGAAUUCAUGUGUAAUUAGGCCUAUUUACCCCCACUCAUAUCCGCCCAGUACCAUUAGGUGAUGGGAUUUCAUUUUAUUUCAAGGAAAGUCAGAACAUGAAACACGUACUUUCAAUCGAUGUAUUGAAUUUUAAUCAAUUAAUUAGAUUGAAACCUGACCACCUUUUGAAAAUUCGUUGAGUAGCCUAGAUCUAUCGAAUUGCUGAACCAGGGCAGAGUUGAAAAUAGUUUGAAAUAAGCUUCAUUAACUUUGAGUGUAAUUGCCAUAGGUUUUUCAGUCAUGAACAUAUACAGUAUAUCCCUUGCCAUUGCGCGAACAUCAUUUAGGCUAAAUCUCAGGAAAAGCAUAUAGGCUACAUUAAAUUAAAAAUAUUGACACUUUUCGUUAUAGGCUUUUGGCUUAAUUUCUCAGCAAUUUGUUUAGGCCUACUCUUCACUCAGGAUUUAGUCACUAACGUUUCUCAUCAUCAGCACUUCCCUGUAUCGACAAUGAUACAGACUGAUAACAAUGACCACAUGGCCACUGGGCGUUGAUGGUAUAUUUUCUGUGUGAGACUUCAGCGGGUAAGUUUCGCCUUUUACAUUUUAGUCAUUUAGCAGACGCUCUUAUCCAGAGCGACUUACAGUUAGUGAGUGCAUACAUUUUUUCAUACUGGCCCCCCGUGGAAAACGAACCCACAACCCUGGCGUUGCAAGCGCCAUGCUCUACCAACUGAGCUACACUGGGCCACUUUUCUCGAGUAAGCCUAAUGCUGUCCCAGUUCAUUGGCAUGAAUGGUCGAGGGGGUCCCUGGUGUAACCACGGUAAUUACACACUCUUGUUCGGCCCUGGGAAUUAAAACCCUGAGGGGACCCGCGCGCUUUGUGUCACGAGAGAGAGAUGGAGAGUAAGAGAGAGAGAGGGGGAGGCGUGCAUGGUUUCAGGCUGGACAUCUGUCUCUUGUGUUUUUUUCCAGGGCGGGUAGCUCGGCUAUUGAAAAGAGGUAGUGACCUGUCAUCCCUGACUGAUGGGUGCGGGGCACUGGGAGCGACCCGUGUGUGGGAAAAUACCUCAGCCAAAGAGCUCGAGCAUUCACAUGCUAAUUCUGCCCUAUAAAUAAGAGCGGUGCACGGUGCGAAAGGCCUUACAGACCCUAGACUCAGCCGGGAGAGGAGAGCUAUACUCUAACUACACAACGAUACCGAGCGUAAAGGAGAGAUGACAGCCAGCACCAUGGCGCACAACGUGGGGAAACACUCGAGUGCCAAGGAGGAGAGAAAGGUAUUGCCUUUGUCCACGUGUGUGUGUAUAUAUAUAUAUAUAAACCUAAACAUCAACAGGUGUCUUUCUUCGGAUAUGCUCACACUUAGUGAUUAUCUGGUCCAGUUUGUGACUGUAUCUGGUCGCCAUUAACCUAUCACUUCCCAUCUCUAGCUGCGGAAGCCGCUCAUUGAGAGGAAAAGACGAGAGAGGAUUAAUAACUGCUUGGAUCAGCUGAAAGAAACGGUGGUCGGGGCGUUCAGUCUUGAUGUGAGUAGGCCUAUAUACACAUUGUAUUUUAAUUGUUGUAAAUGCUCAAUUAUAUGGAGUGUGAAAUACACAAUGUAAGUUAUUUAUUUGACCCUAACUUUCCAUUUCCCCCAACAGCAAUCGAAACUUGAAAAGGCGGACAUUCUAGAGAUGACAGUGAAACACCUGCAGAAUGUUCAGACUCAUAAAUUCAGUGGUAAGUGUCCGAUCAAGUGACUUGACUGAAGAAACAUGCAAGUGCCAGGAGUUUUCAAAGUUGCGCCUGCGUGUAAUACUCUAUAUAAGCAGCUAGGGGCGGUGUCGGCACGUUGGAAAGUUAGACACACUUAUGGAGACUGGUGGGUGUAUUCAUCAGUGAUUGAAUAACAGUCAAUAAGAAUAAUACAAAUAAUCCUUUGUGAGUAUUAGUACUCAUAUAGUUGUAUUAUUUAAUUUCGUUUUUCUCCAUAUUCUCUCUUGGUUUCAACUUUAAACAAUUGAUUAGUCAAGUGUUUCUUAACCCUGGUCCUGGGGACUCAAAGGGGAGCAAAAACAAAAAUGUUCACCCCUUUGAGUGCCCAGGAACAGCAUUAAGAAACACUGCAAUGCAUUAUACUAUUUUAUUUUGGGCAAUAGGCCAGUCUGGGUGCAAUACAUCCUGCCACCAACAGGGAGCGCUAUGACCCAUGUUUGACCCAGUGUCUCCUCCCCUUCACAGCAGACCCCACCUUAGGCCUGGAGGCACAGCAGAAGUACAGCACAGGCUACAUCCAGUGCAUGCACGAAGUCCACAACAUGCUGCUCAACUGCGAAUGGAUGGACAAAACGCUGGGCUCCCGCCUGCUCAACCACCUGCUCAAAUCCCUGCCCCGCUCCAGUGAAGAGCGCCCCUCUCAGGCCAACCCCAAUCUCAGGUCCAACGCCCACCCACCCAGCCAGGGGCCAGGAUCCCCCACUACACCACUCAGAGAGGACCCCAGGUCUGGAAGGCAGGGCCAGAGGGAGGGGCCCCUGUGCCACGUGGUGGGGCCCCAGGACAAGCCCCUGCUCCUGCCCGGGAGCCCCCACCUCCUCAGCCCCCACCUGGGCAUGCUGGAGAUGUGGAGGCCCUGGUAA